AAGUACAGGCGGGAGGAAAUGACUCGUGGGGCCUCCUCGUUCUGCUGCCCGAGUGCUGCCCUCCCCCUCCUGCUCACACACCGUCCCAGCGCCUGCUGCCAUGAGGGUCCAGGUCUCUGUAUUCUUGUUCCUGGUCCUGGUCCCAGUCCUGGUUCUGACUCAGCAAGCUCCCACAGAUAACUCCCUGAAGGAUGUCGUAGUGACGCCUUUGCUGGCUAAGACAAUCCUUGAGGAUAAGCAGGGGGCAAUCGUCAUCUCGACGCCCGAAGUGGGGCAGGACUCUGGAGUCAUGACCACAUCUGACCCCAACUUGGAUUUGAGAGAUGGAGACCAAGAUGCAGAGUGGGAAAACACAUCUAGCGCAGCCACCACAGGGUCUGGAGGCUCCAGUUCCAGCAGCACAAGCACAACCGCUUCAGGCUCCACGAGGCCUGUUACCCACAGAGAGCCCGGGAGCUCGGCCAGAUCAGGAGCCGGCCAAAGCCAAGAGGAAAUCUUCACUUACGAUUACUACUCCCUGCGCAAGUGGGGCCUGAUAGCCGCAGCCAUCCUCUUCGUCCUGGGCAUCCUCAUCCUCACCUGUGGUAAAUACGGGAAGCUCCCCGGAUGUGGGGGCCGGAAGCGGAGGAGCGCCUAUGAUAUCUCACGGCUCUGAGGCACCCCCUGCUGGGGGAUCCGUUUGGGGACCGGACACUGCUUGGAGGGGCCGGCUCGGAGCCCCACAGUGAUGCUGCAUACCUGGGGGCUGGGGCAGAACCAGCAGCACAGACCUGAGGGCUGCCAAGUGCCCCCUGCUUCCUCCUCUGUGAUCCGCCUGUCAGCAGCACCCCAGCUCUGAUCACCCCGGCCUGGCCCCUCUAGCCCCCGGCCGACUCCCCAGCCUGUCCCCCGGGCCUGGAUCCUCCAUCCCUCUCCUUUCCCCCUCUCAUCCUUGUCCCCCCAUCCCUGUCCCCUCCCCCUCCCAUCCUUGUCCCCCCAUCCCUGUCCCCUCCCCCUUCCUGGCCUGGAUUCCCCAUCCUUGUCCCCUCUUCAGGCCUUAUCCCCCCCAAAUCCGAGUCCCCAGCCUGCGCCUGGCCUGUCUUCCCCAUCCCUGUCCACCCUCCCCAUCUCUGAGCGCCGGUCGCCCCUGUGUUGUAUUUUGAUGAUAUUAAACGACCCCCCCUGGGGAAGCAAA